AUGUCUUCAUCAGAAGGUUAUAAACACAAAAGUGGUGCAAUGAAGAGAAAGGAAAAGAAAGAGGAACAGAAGAAAAUUGAAGCAUCAACAAGCAAAAUCCACAAAUUUUUUCAAAAGAAAACGGAUCCAGAGCAGGAUGUAGCAAGUGGAAUGCCAGUGGAGACUGAAACUUCUGUUUCUGAAACAUCUAAUGUAUGUGUUUUAGCUGAAGAGACCAAAGAGAGAGAACCUCCUAUAAAAAUGCCCAGGAAGGAGACUGCAUUGUCUCCGCUAUGGGAAAAAUCACCGUCCCCAGAGGAUUUCUUUCUUCAUUCCCAUGAUUUGGGAAAGGCUGGAAUCUCCAUGGAAAUGUUCUGGGAAUUUCAUCCUAAACAACCUACUCAGGAUAUCCCAUUCAAUGGAAACCUUGUUUACUUCCGAAAAGGUAUACAAGGAUCAAAUAUUAAUAGAAAAUGGGUUACUUACAAUGGCAAAAAGAAGACCCUGCACUGUUCAAUUUGCCUUAUGUAUUGUGCAGAAAAAUAUCAUCAUACUCAUUGGAUUCAGGGUUGUAAUGACUGGAGACAUAUUACAACAAGACUUACCGAGCAUGAGCAGUCCCAGUGCCAUAAACUUGCUAGCGAAGCCUAUAUGAUCAAUAUUAAAGGCAAAUCGAUCAAGCACAAACUUUCCGUUGACCAGCUUUCUAUGAGGCACAACCAGGUACUUCAGCGCCGUACUGUUCUAAGCAACAUCAUUGAUGUUGUUUUUUUUAUUGGAAUCCAAGCAUUGCCAUACAGAAGCAGCCAUUCAGAAUCUGUAGCUGAUGUCUUUGAUGAUGACCGUCUUGAAAAUCGAGGAAAUUUUUUGGAGGCGGUGAAACUCCUUGCGGAAUAUAGCCCAGUCCUAAAAGACCAUUUGGUAAAAGUAACGAAAGUGGCCAAAAACCGUGACCCAUCUCAAAAAGGGCGAGGAAAAUUUGUAACUUUUCUGAGCAAGUCCUCUAUAACUAAAUUGUUUACAAUCAUUGGAGAUAUGAUUAAAGAAGACAUUGUUAAGGAAGUUAACAAUGCAGGGAUGUUUUCGGUACAAAUGGAUUCUACUCAAGAUGUCUCUGCACAUGAUCAAUGUGCCAUUGUUGUGCGAUAUGUUGUGGAAGAUAAAGCUAAAGAGCGAUUGGUACGCCUUCUGAAUGUUGAGGACUCCAGCAGCAAGGGCUUGCAUGAUUUGCUAAGAGAUUCUUUGUCUGACAUUGGACUGAAUUUGGAGCAGUGUAUUGGUGAUUCCUUUGAUGGAGCUGCUAACAUGAGUGGCACAUAUACAGGAUUGCAAGCAUUGAUGACAGAAGUGCGUCCUAGUCACAUUCAUACGUGGUGCUAUGCUCAUGUCCUAAAUCUUGUUAUAUGUGAUGCAAGCAGUGUAUGUGUUCCAGCAGUGAGUUUGUUUGGACUUCUUGGUAACUUGUCCACCUUUUUCUCUGAGUCCUACAAAAGGAUCAAAAUUUGGGAAGACCAGCUGAAAGCCAAGACUGGAAGUGCUAAACUGAAAAGACUUGAUAAAAUUGGUACUACCAGGUGGUCAAGCAAAGCCAGAGCCCUUCGAAAACUUUGCGGAACAUAUGAAAACCACUCUGAGGAAUUAUAUUCUGACCUCAUCCUUGUUCUGAAGCAUGUAAGUAGUUCAUCUGAUUUUAGAAAUUCUGUUCGUCAUGAAGCUCUAAAACUAAAUGAAAACCUAUGUAAAUUUGAAACCAUCCUGGCCACUUUUACAUUUAUAAGAAUUUUUGACAUUACUACUCCCGUGUCAGAUUACUUGCAGUCACCAGCCCUUGACAUUAUGCAGGCAUGGCGAAUGGUUGAGGAUGCUACAAACCGUUUAUCAAAAAUUUCAAGAGACUUUUCAGGAGUCUGUGGAUCUGCUACAACUUUCAUUGAUCACCUGAAUGAAAAACUAGCUGCAGAGGACAUUGCCAUCAGUAAAUCUUUCACAGAACACCGAUCAACAAGAUGUGUAGUUCCUGCAAAUCAACAACACAGCUUUGAAGUUUCAUGCUACAAUGUCAUCUGUGAUAAAGUUUUGGAAAGUAUGAGAACCAGGUUUGCCACUCAUGGCAAACUUUACAUGCAGAUUUCAUGUUUUGACCCAAACCGGUUUGAGGAAAUACUGGCUUCUCCUGAAAAAAUAAAGUUUGAUGCCAUUUCUACAGCUGUUCCUGAAAUUGAUGGCCCUGUUCUUCGUGAAGAAUUGAUUUCAUUUGCAUCAAGUUACAGAAAUCUCUCCAGAGGACUGUUUGAUAGUGAUGAUGAAACAUUGAGCUCUGCUGGAGAGGAAGAACCUGACUUCUCUGACUCUGAGCCAUCAGCUUGUAAGCCUUCUAUGAAAAAACUCUGCUGCCAAAAAUGCACAUCCUGUGCAUUUAAGCUGCUUUUUCAGUACAGAUUAUGUUCAUCGGCCUAUGAAAAUCUUUAUAUGGCAUACAAGUACUUGAUCACUCUAAGCACCACACAAUGCUCCUGUGAACGGUGUUUUUCAAAGUUGAAAAUUCUAAAAUCAAGACUUAGAUCAACGCUUACUCAGCAAAACCUGGAGACAUUGAUGCUUAUUGCAAUAGAGAAAGAUGUUUCUUUAAGCAUAAAGAGAGACAAAGAGAAAAUCAUAGACCGUUUUGGCAAGACAUCUGCUGAACUCCGCUCUCUGCUUCUCUUUUAA